AUGAUUAUCGCUCUGAUUGCCGCAUUCUGCAUAGUAGCAAUCACUGAUGCCGGCGGCCCUAGGAACGAAAGUGAGACGCCCGCGUUUCUCCAUCCUCGUUCUCUGAAUGGCGGCGGGCCCUUGUGUCCAUUCAGCAAGGGUAAACAGGAGUUCGGAUACAUACCAGUUGGCGUGCUCAGAAAGAAUAAGUACUUCUACGCGGUUAUGGAAGCCGAAGAUGUAGAUCCAUCAUUGGCGCCGACCUUCUGGUAUCUGGCUGGUGGACCGGGCACUAGCAGCUUGGGAGUGGCCAUGACUUGGAAUGGACCAUGCAUGAUGUCUCUUAACGGGAAAGAGCUUCUGGUUAAUACAUACUCGUGGACUAAGCAAGCCAACAGCAUUUGGAUCGAUGCACCUGGACCUACCGGCUUUAGCACGGGCCCGAUAGAGCCCACCUUGGAGGAGUUUGUAGGCAACAUGGUCACUUUAAGCGGUCAGUUAUUCAAGAAGUACCCUAAAUUGAACAGGAAUGUACACCUCGUCGGGGGUUCAUGGUCUGCCCUCGCCGUUGCUAUGUUGGGAGAUGGCAUUCUGCGAAAUCCUCAGCUCAAGAUCGAUUUGAAAGGAGUGAUGAUGUAUUCUGGUAUAGUUGGACCGCUCGAUAUAAUGAAGACUGGCCUGAGGGAGUGUAUAGCGGCUGUCGAUAAGUGCAAUUCUAAUGGACCUGGGAAGCCUGCUAAGCCCG